GGUGUGGAGCUGUGAAUGGCUGAGGGGAGGAGAGAGGGACAGGCAGCUGAAGCUCUGCUGCUGGAGGAGAACACAGACCGGAGCGCAGCCCGAUGGAGCAGCAGCAGCUCUUCGCCUCGCACGGCUCCUCUUUCAUCAUGUUCAAAUACUUUUAGAAAGAAUUUUCCAAAUCAACGAGGAAUUAAAGACUUCAAGGAGAUGAUGGAUUCUUUACAGCUGAUUUAUCUUCUGCUGCUUUAUGGAUCUCUCCCAAAAGUGCUUUCAGUGCAGAUGUGUGAUGUGGUGAAUGAAAUAGAGCAGGAGAAGGAGCGCUGUGAAAAUAGCACCUCUGGGAACGUCACUUCAGGUUGCCAGGGGAUGUGGGACAUCAUCGCCUGUUGGCCGUCAGCCAGAGUUGGAGAAGUGGUGACGAUAACCUGCCCCACAUAUUUCAGUUACUUCAGCGACCAGCAGAGAGGUAACCUCUCUAAAACCUGCACAGCAGACGGCUGGACUGAGAUGCAUCCUAUUGACAUCGCUGUGAACUGUGGAUACAAUCUGAACAGCACCAGCGAUGAUGGAAAGUUUUUCUGGCAGGUGAAGAUUGGCUACACCAUCGGUCACAGUGUUUCACUCAUCUCUCUCAUCUCUGCUAUUGUGAUUCUUUGCAUCUUCAGAAAACUCCACUGCACAAGGAACUACAUCCACAUGCACCUGUUUGUGUCGUUCAUCCUGAAGGCAAUCGCGGUGUUCAUCAAGGAUGUGGUUCUGUAUGAGGUCGGGGAGGUAGACAACUGCUCUCCAGGAUCUGUUGGCUGCAAAGCAGUGAUUGUGUUCUUUCAGUACUGUAUUAUGGCCAAUUUCUUCUGGCUGCUGGUGGAAGGUCUUUAUCUUCACGCACUGCUGGCCGUCUCUUUCUUCUCCGAGAGGAAAUACUUCUGGGCUUACAUUCUCAUCGGCUGGGGUGGUCCAGCAGUUUUCAUCACAGCGUGGAGCAUUGCUAAAGCCUACUAUAAUGAUGUGGGGUGCUGGGACAUAAUCGAAAAUACUGACAUGUUCUGGUGGAUCAUUAAAACCCCCAUUUUAGCUUCUAUCAUGAUGAACUUUGUUCUUUUCAUCUGCAUCAUCCGAAUCCUUCGCCAGAAGAUCAACUGCCCGGACAUUGGACGAAAUGAGUCCAACCAAUAUUUGAGACUCGCAAAAUCAACGCUACUCCUGAUUCCUCUGUUUGGCGUCAAUUUUAUCGUGUUUGCUUUCAUCCCAGAGCAAGUGAAGACUGAGCUACGACUGAUUUUUGACUUGAUCCUGGGAUCAUUUCAGGGCUUCGUGGUUGCUGUCCUGUACUGCUUCCUCAACGCUGAGGUGCAAGGUGAGAUCAAGAGGAAGUGGAGGAGGUGGCACCUGCAGAGGUACAUGGGCUCAGACACCAAAUACCAACACCCGUCCAUCGGCAGCAGCAACAACUUCAGCACCCAAAUCACGAUGUUGACGCGAUGCAGCCCCAAAAUGCGGCGUGGUUCAUCCUCCUGCCACGAUGACCUGUCCUGCAUAUGACUCGCCACAACGACGACACACAAAAACAUCUAUUCCAUGAGUGCAUCAUAGAGGAACACCCACCUGUUCCUAAGUGUUGUAAGCACCUCACAAGCAACACGUUGACCAAUCUGAAAAAAUCACUGUUGGAAUAUAAUUUCUUAUCACUUGCUAAAUUGUUAAUGGGUUGCCUGUUUGCUCACAUGCAGGACGAAGCGACAUGAUGCCCAUUAGCGCGGUUAAACGAGUGAACCGAACGUGAACCGCACCAGCAAACACAUGAUUAGAUGUAAUUAUGAGCUGAUUAAAAAGUGGAUUCCAAACGAGCCGCAGCCAUUAGUGCAAACCUAUUUUGCAUGUGUUUGAUUAUUGAUUAUCUGCAGUGAGGGGAAAAAACAUUUUAAAAUCUCACCUCUUCAAAAUAAAGAGACCGAAGCUUCCGACGGGACGACCAUGUGACGGGUCUGGAGCACAGAUGCCUUUCUCUGCACUAAUCAUCCACUCCCUAAUCAAAUCCACACUCGUGUUUACGUCAGGCACUUCGGUGUAUUUUGUUUAUCACUGAUCAGUGCCUGGUUUCAGUUUAACCCUGGGCUGCACCGUGACACACCUUUACCCAGCUCAGCCUUUGAAUGUUUACAUUUACUUGGGAAGAGUAACAAACUGAUGUACAGUGUAUAUAAAACGAGUUAAUAUAGACGUUUGUGCCAUUUGGAUGACAUUGUUACUGCAAUAACAGAAACCAGUCUCUGAUUGCUGUUUAGGGAGGUGUGAAUGUAGAAAAGAGGUGUGUUUCCACUACAAAAACUUCAGGGUAGAUUUACAGGAACCUCCCGACAUGCAUGUCUCCACCUGACCGGUCGUUUUCUGGAACCUUCUGAGCACCUGCUCUGAAGUAGGUACUCCGAACGGCCCGGUGGAGUAGCUAAGCGGAACCUCCGCUUAAUUUACACUGAUUGGUUGUAAGUCAGUAGGAAAUGACAUCAGCAGAUGUCCAAAACAACCGGAAGCAGUGAAACUAGAAAAGUAGGAGGUGAAGCAGAAUGGAAGAGAAAAAAAAAAGCAUCAAUCAUGUUUAAAAUCGAACUCCUGACACCAGAAACCUCAGUGGGACUCCCCCACAGCUGUUGGAAAAAAUGGGGCUUGUCUCACAAAACUCAGAGCUGUUCUUGUCCUGUGAACAGAUUACAUUAUGAUAUAUUUCUAUAAAAUAAAUGCUUUUAAUAUUAUUAAUGUUACUCUGGGCACUUUUUGGGGCUGAUCAGUGACAUCACUCACUGCCAAAGCAGUCGUGAUGCUGACGUCUGUGCUGGUUCUGAAAGGGUUUAAUUUGAAUGGUGGCACAGCAGCUGAGAGGACUGGGACAUCCUAUCUCCUGAUCAAAAUCCUCAUCCCAGGAACUACCCUGGAGUUCAGGUAAUGGAAACAUGCCUAAGCUCUCUUAAAAAACUAGUGUAGUGUUCAAAAAUAAACCUCAAGGAGAUUUUCCCAGAAGACGAUAAAAAGAAGGGACACCCUUUUUCAAUGUUGAGGUUUUAAAUUGAAAUUAUCUUGUCUUUUCCAGCCUCUACGAAUAAUUAAUCUAAUCUCACUUGGAAAUAAUCAUGUAGAAGUUUGGACUGACUGGGCCAUUGCAUCAUCUGUUCUGCUGUAGAUUUCCUGUUAGAUUGGCGAUCAUCUUCUUGUUUAAAAGUCAGAAUUCUGAGAAAAAAGUAAGAAUUCUCUUUCUUUUCUUUUUGUUUCUUGUCAGUGGCUGUAAUCCUCUUCCGUACAGAGUAGAAAUAAAUAAAUUAAAUGUAGAGCACAAAAGUCUCAAUACUAAUAAACCCCCCACUCCAAACGGUCGGCGAAUUAUCCGCUCCCAACCCCAUGACCCCGUCUCACUCUUUGAAAUGUUCAAAAGUUGGCAGCCCUGUUAUUGUUCUGAACCCCACAUAAAAAGACUCUGCAAGUUACUUUUCCUUACUUACACUAAAUUAAAAAUGGCCACAUUAGUUAUUCAUAAAGAGCUGAAAUCCUGUUAUUCUAAAUCAAUGUUUGUUUAUCAGUGCUGUGAAGAUUUACCGGUUUCAUCUUUGUCUCUUGGUGUUAGAAAUAUUAAUUGUAUCAAAUGCUAAAAUAUCUUCACACCUUUCAUAUGGAUACAUGUAAAUAACUGUAACUUUAAAAUGUUUGUAUAAACUGAUGGUGUACAUACUAAUAGAUGUUGGGACUUACUGUUACAGUAUUUUGAUACUGAUGUAACAUUAAACAGGGAUAAAAAAUCAACAAACAUUGUGCACUUAAAUGAAAUGUGUGUAUUGAUUUAUUGAUUUGCUAAGUGGAUGUUGUCCUUUGUGUGUGUCUAAAAUAAGAUAUGUAACACUUGCCUGAUGUGUUCUUUUGUCAAUUGUUUGUUGUCUCCUGAAGCCUAUCUGAAAUGUGUGUUGUACAAAUAUUUCUAUUUAAAAAUUCAUAUUUGA